AUCAUUGCACACCUACUCAUCUACUGAAUUCACUUAUCGUACUUUACUGUAGUUUUAAAACUAUGCUCACUUAUAUCACAAAUAUCGUUAUUAUUAUUAUCAUUACUUUGUAUGGAUCUACGAUUUCAGGUAAUAAGUAAUUAUGUCGCUUGCGGUUGUGUGCUGAUCUUGAUUCUCAUAAAACUAAACGAGAUCGGAGACUAGGAGGUAAUGAAUCUGUCACUAGUAUAUAAGACAAGUUAUUUCACAACAUGGACAUAAGUUUUUCAAACGUCCUUUGAACAAACAACUAACUAACUAACUAAACAAUGCGUUCAUCAAUUUUUAUGCUGGUAGCCUGUGCUCUUGUUGUUGGAGUACUUGGAGACGAAGAGAGAAGGGCAAAAAUGAAAGCAACCUUCAAGAAGUGUCUCAAGGAAGGAGGAAUUGAAAAAGAAGAGCUACAUAAGGCUCAUGAAGCUCAGAAAAACGGAGAAGAACCCGAUCAAAAAAUAAAAUGCUUCGAAGCUUGUAUGGUCAAAGAAAUGGGUGUUAUGGUUGAUGGACAAUUCAACAAAGACAAAAUACUCGAGAAGCUUCCAGCUGACAUACCAGAUCGUGAAAAGAAGGUUGAAGCGAUCACAAAAUGCAUUGAAGAGAAGGGAAGUGACGAGUGCCAGACAGCUUAUCUCGUAAUGAAGUGCCUGCAUGACAAUAAGGUACUGUACAGGCACUGCCUCAUCAUCACCACCAUCACGACCAAUAAUUGUUUCUGGACAAACUUGGUGUUGUGCAACUUCAUAAUUCAACGGCCAUGAUAUGAAACAGAAUUUUAAAUUAUAUAAUGGAAAAAUGUUGGUAAUUAUUAUUGUUAAUAGAAUCAUUAAUAAU